AUGAUUUCCACAGCAAAAGUAAUUUUCCCAUUUAGAGUAUUUGCAUUCUGUUCUCUAUAUAUAGUAAUGAACGUUGUUUUGUUCGUAAUAGAUAAAAACGAAAGUCAACAGGCAAAUCCAAUCAAAAAUUAUUACGCAAAUCGUAUUAAUAACUCAGUUGCAAAUCCAUAUAUGCCAGAUUCAUUUAAAAAUAGCAUUCGUGGUAUUUUCUCGUCAGGAAAACAAAUCAAACAUGUACAGAAACAAAUAAAAAUAUGGUUAAUCGUCUCAGAUGUUCUAUUAGCUCUUGUAUUCAUAUUUAUUAUCCUAGGCUUUUCUACUACGUCUGCUCCUUUAAGCUUUAUUGAAGGAUGCCUUCAUUUCAUUGGCACCGUCUUAAUUUCAAACACCAUGCUUCAACCUGCUAGCUCAGAUUAUAUUAUCUGUGGCGUUUUCUUUGGUGUAAUGGCUCCAUUUUUAUUAGAAAUAUGGGAAAUAUUCUGUUUAUUAUGCCUCAAGACCGAUUUUUACUAA